AUGUUUGGAGCGCCAAACACACUUUUGGCGGACUUACACCUCCGCUUCCUAACCAAAUUAGAUGACCACAAAGAUAAAAUGAAGUACUGGACAUCGCAACAUCUAAAAAUGAACGGUGUCUUUUGGUGUUUAGGUGCCAUGAAGUUGUUGGGCCAUGACGACAUUUUGAAGCGGGAGGAGUUGGUUGAUUUUGUUGUCAAAUGCUGGAACAGUGACGGUGGGUUCGGUGGGAACAUUGGGCAGGAUUCCCACAUGUUGUACACCUUAAGUGCGGUGCAACUCCUGUGCUUGUUGCAUGCUACAGACGCCAUUGAUGCAGAGAAGUGUGCUCGCUGGGUUGCUUCUAUGCAGCUACCUGAUGGCUCCUUUCAGGGAGACGAGUGGGGAGAAGUUGAUACACGAUUUGUCUACGUGGCAAUGAAUUGCUUGCAGCUCUUGGGGAAACUGGAACUCAUAAACGUGAAGGCUGCGGUGGAAUGGAUGUUGCGGUGCCAGAAUUGGGAUGGUGGGUUCGGUCUCGCACCAGGUGCUGAAAGCCACGCCGGUCAAAUAUUUUGCUGCGUUGGAUCUCUUCGUAUUGCUGGAGCUCUGGAUCGCAUAGAUAAGGAGCAACUUGCGGGUUGGUUGGCAAUGCGUCAGUUGCCGUCGGGUGGGUUAAACGGUCGCCCGGAGAAAAAGGCUGACGUGUGCUACAGUUGGUGGGUUGUGUCAUCCCUAUCGAUGUUAGGUUAUACUGAGUGGAUCGACCGUCAUGCACUUUUCCGCUUUGUACUUGCUUGCCAGGACUCGGAAGAUGGCGGUAUUGCUGAUAAACCCGGUAACCAAGCGGACGUGUAUCAUACAUUUUACGGACUUUGUGGCCUCAGCCUCUUGGGAUACGAGGACUAUCCGCUUAGGGAUAUCAAUCCAGUUUAUGCAAUGCCUUAUGAUGUUCUUGAGAGCUUAGGGGUUCCGGAGAGUGCUGGGCUGCAUGUCGGUAGGAAGCGUACCUGUGCGUGA